AUGGAGUUCGGAGCCACCACAGCGACGCUAACAAAGAAGCUACCUAACGGCCUUGGCGUCAGCGGAAGAUCCGCGUACGACGGUGUUUUCGCUACUCCUAUCAAGCUAAGAGCUCCAAGCUUCUCUCAAUUCGAAGAUUACAACGAGAUUUUCGGUAGUUCAGGAGUUUCUUCUUCGAUUCCGAUUCUCGAACUUCCGGAGCUCAACGAGAGGAGAAUAGUGACGGAUGAUGUUCGGCAUUCGAAGCUCGAUUACUCGAAGGUAUUCGGUGGUUUUGAGAAUCUAGACACUGCUGUGCCAUUCGAGGAGCUGGUUGCCAAGCCUAGAGAGAAAGGAGGUUCAGCAAAUGGAGCAUUGAAACGGAGCAAAGUCAAAAGUGGAGAACAAUCUUUCCGGGAAGAUCAUACUAGCACUUCAAAGGAAACUCCGGUGGUAUCACCUUCAUCCCAUGGGGCCAAAAGGAUCAAUAUGUCGUAUCAUAAAGUUAACCAAGGAAAUGAAAGUGGUACAAACGGGACAACACAUAUAGCUCAACUCCAUGCUGUCCCUGCUUACACUUGUUUAAUUGAGGAAGUCGAUUUAGCGAAGAUGAGCAGAGCUAGAAAGUCUAUACCAGUGGCACAGGAGGCUUAUUCUGAUAGUCAUUGUGAUGAGGGGAUAAGAGAAGAUGAGCAUUGUGCUAAAUCAUUUAUCGAUCCUUCACCAAAUAAUGUGAAGAAACAGUCUUCCGAUAAUGGAGUGAAAGCUAAAAGUAGAUCCGACUCUAUGCCAGUAGCACAGGAUGCUUAUUCUGAUAGCCAUUGUGACGAGGGGAUAAGAGAAGGUGAGCGUUGUGCCAAAUCGUUUAUCGAUCCUGCACAUAAUAAUGCGAAGAAACAGUCCUCCGAUAAUGGAGGGAAAGCUAUAAAUAGAUCCGACUCUGACUCUGUUGACCUGUUUUAUGAUGCAUGUGAGAUUAACAAUGGAAGUGAUGAAGUUCAUCAAGUCAAAGUUCCUUCUUCAGAGGCUAUGAAAGAGAAUUUGGAUAAUAAUAAAAAUAAUAUUAUUGAUGCUCCGACAUCAAUGGCAACCAAUGGUCAAGCAUCUAAAAGUGGCAGAUAUGACAGUCCUGCUGGUGCCGAUUCGCCAACACACUCAGAAGACACGGUUGACUCCAAUUCAGAAGCAGCAGCUUCUGUAGCGGCUUUAAGGAAGGCAAUAGAAGAGGCUCAAAUGAAAAUAAAGGUAGCAAAAGAAUCAAUGAGAAGAAAGAAAGAAGGCUUUCCUGAUCGCGUCAAACAGAAGUCUAGUAUUGACUUGAAAGUCAGGGAAAAAAAGGAAGCUAAACCUGCAUACAAAACAACGGAAGUUAAAGAGAUUAAUACAAGGCAAACAUAUGGAGAAAUGGAUGCUUUGCUGCAAGUUACUUCCGAGGUAGGAAAGCUAAUGACGAGAACAGAGAAAGUAAGAUCAGAUAUUGGGGAUAAAGAAAUGCAUGCUGCCAAUGAAGCUGUACAAGACGCACAGAAUAAAUUGAUAUUUUCUCAAGCCGAACGUAGGGAAAAGGUUGAACUGAAAGAAGCAGAUCUUAAAGGAAAAGAUCUUGAGCUUAAAGAGGCAGGAGGUGCUGAAAAAGUCUCGUACAUUGAAAACACAGGUAGGAAGGUCUUUGAACCAGAAGAAUCUGAUCAUACAAUAGAAAUGGUUAAGGAAUAUUGGGGGCCGAAGAAUGUUGAAGAAAAGGUGUGUGCAGUUAACAAAGCAAGUUCUCAUGAAGAACCUGUCCAUGAAACUAAACAUAGGUGUCAAGAAGUUGCUGGUAAAACAAACCUGAUUCAGGAGACACUUGACAAUGGAAUGAUGGACAAGAGAUUGAAGGUUAAAGAAGUUGAAAAAGUUGAGAGCAAGGUUACACCGUUUAAUGAACCAAAAGACUAUGUAAUUAACCUAGGUGGGCAACCGUCAAAGGUAGGAAAUAAAGAAAAUAUUGGCAAUAAGCCAGAAGGUGGUAAAAAGGUUAGAGCCAGAAAAUAUUGGUCCAUUGAGCAGGAAGAAUGCCAAAAAAAUUUGAGAGCUAUUCUGGAACUGGGAAAAGCUGAGGAAAACACUUCUCAAGAGCAAAAAGAAAGUGAGGACGAUAAAGUUGAAGUUGUCAGUGAGCUGGAAAAAUGUGAAUUGGCAGAGUCUCUGGAGCCAAUAGACAAUGAGAGAGCGUGCAGUCUUCAUCAUCCAGAAUUAAUAAGCACUGACCAAGAAAUGUAUAACUCGGGGUGUUUAGAGGACAAAAAUAGGAAUACAUCUGGUUUUCUGAAUAUAAAUCAAGAGGUCAAACUUUCCUGUUGGAGAGAAGCCACUGAUAGUAAGUUUAGCGAUAUCUAUGUACAGGAAGUACCGGAGGAUAUUGUUGACCAUAUUCAUGACGAUGAAGAAAUUUACGAAAGAAAUACUAAGGCUAGUGAUUUAGUUGGCAACAUGAGGUUUCAAGAUGCCCAUGCUAGUGAAAAUGAACUCGAGGAAGCCGCACAUCUGAUGGAGGAAAAUGAGCGUGAAAGGAAUGACAAGAAGGUGCUAGAAGUAAUUAUAGAGACUCAAACUGAUCCAAUUUAUGAAGAGAUAAGAGCAGCAGAAUCUGGCUACACCACAGGACCCAGUUCUAGUUAUGAGCCAGAGGAAGCUGAGAAGUUGAGCAAAACUCAGGUUUCUAAUACAGUCAAUGAAAAUGAUGAAACUCUUGCAGUAACUCCAGAGUUUUAUUCAUGUGACCUGCAGGAUGAUAUGAUAGUAGCGAGUAAUGCUUCAAUGCAACAGCAAGCGAAAUAUGAAGAGCAAGAUUCUGUUCAAGAGACUAAUGAUUUCAGCGAGAAAUGUGCAAGCCAGACUUCUUCCUUUGAUCAAGUUGCCCCUGUACUCAGUGAAACAGUGCAUCAAAUGAAUAGUACAUUUGAAGCAGUUACCUUUGAAGAUAAUUCUACAAAUGUUGGUGAAAUUGACAUGAUGGUUAGUAAAAAUCAAGAUCAGUGUUUGGAAAAGGCAGAAUCUGAUUGCGAUUUGGCUAUGCUUGUUAAAGAAACAACUCCCGAGUCUAGAGAAAUAUAUAAGGAUUUGAAGGAGGUUAGAGUUGUGUCAGAUGAAGAGAUUGAUGAGAAUAGAUCCCACUCUUCUAGUGAAGCAUCUCAGAUACCUAGUAUGUCUGAAUGGAAAUCAAGCCCCUUCAAAGAAAAGGAAGUUAAAUCAAUUAACAGCAAAAUAAAGGAGAGUCAUCAAACAUCCAUGACAAUGGAAGCGAAAGAAGCCAAUGGUAAGGCACAGAAGGUAGAGGUGGAUAAGGAACUCCUUAAGAAAAUUGAUGAAGCAAAACAUAAAGAAAGAGAAAAGGAGAAAUUAGCUGUAGAAAGAGCAAUCCGUGAAGCUCGUGAAAGGGCAUUUGCUGAUGCAAAAGAAAGGGCAGCUCUGGAGAGAGUUGCAACUGAAGCACGUCAAAAGAACAUUAUGAAUGGACGAGAAAGGCUAAAAACCACUAGUCAAGCAAAUGAAAAAACACCGGCUGAGAAGGCUGCUAUGGAAGCAAAACUUAAAGCUGAACGUGCCGCGGUGGAGAGAGCGACUGCAGAGGCAAGAGCACGCGCCCUGGAGAGGGCACUGUCUGAGAAGGCUGCUUCUGAUGCAAGAAAUAAAUCCGACAAGUCUGUUCCCGAGAAGUUUGUUGGUACUUCCAGAGGUAAUGGAAUGAAGCAAAACUUCCAUUCAAAGUCUUUCAGCUAUGGUGUUCGUGAUUCUUCCGAGGUCUUGGAUGGAGCUAACGCUGACUCUGCUCAGAGAUGUAAAGCUAGGUCCGAGAGGCAUCAGAGAAUAGGAGAUCGUGUGGCAAAGGCUCUUGCAGAAAAGAGUAUGCGGGAUCGGCUUGUGCAGAAAGAACAAGACGAAAGAAAUAGGGUAGCUGAAGCUCUGGAUGCCGAUGUUAAAAGGUGGUCAAGUGGGAAAACAGGAAACUUGAGGGCAUUGCUUUCAACAUUACAAUAUAUCCUUGGGCCUGAUAGCGGCUGGCAAUCAAUUCCUUUAACAGAAAUAGUAACCACCCCUGCUGUAAAGAAAGCUUAUCGUAAAGCCACUCUGUGUGUGCAUCCAGACAAGCUGCAGCAGCGAGGGGCUAGCGUUCAGCAAAAGUACACUUGUGAGAAGGUUUUCGAUCUUCUAAAGGAAGCUUGGAACAGAUUCAACAUGGAAGAAAGGUGA